AUGCCCACGACAGAAUUCCCUCCGUUGGUGAGGGCGGCUCCCGCCGUCGAUGCCAUCUUCUCCGACUCCGACGCCAGCAGCAGCGGCGGAGAGGAGCCGGCGGAGCGGUUGGCGGUGGCUGAGGACAGCGUGUUCUCCGCCUACCUCCAGGCCUCCGGGGCCUCAUCGGGCCAGGACCUCGCCAAGAUUCGCUCCUUCCUGGGCUCCUCCCGUAAGAGCUCUUUCGUCGCGUGCCUCAUCUGCCUCGAGCGGAUCCGGCCUUCUGAUCCCGCCUGGUCGUGCUCUUCUGGAUGCUACGAUCUCUUCCAUCUCAUCUGCAUCCAGUCUUGGGCGCGCCAGUGCUCGUCCCUUCCACCAUCCUCUUCCAGGCCGUCGCUCCCCUCGUCCACAGAUUGGCACUGCCCCAAGUGUAGGUUGAACUACCCGCAGAACCUGAUCCCCCGGAUCUAUUACUGCUACUGCGGCAAGGUUGAGAACCCGCCGCCCGAUCCAUGGAUCGUCCCGCAUUCAUGCGGCGAGAUUUGCGGGCGUUCCCUCCGAGGGGACUGUGGCCACCAUUGCCUCCUCCUCUGCCACCCGGGCCCCUGCCCUCCCUGUCCGAAGCUCGUCACUACCCGGUGCUUCUGCGGAUUCACCAAAGACGUCCGGCGAUGUGCCCUUAAGGAAUUCUCUUGCAACAGACCCUGUGGCAAGCUCUUAGGAUGCAAAACUCACCGCUGCACAGAGAAGUGCCACGAGGGCCCCUGCCCACCAUGCCGGGUGAAGGGGACGUAUCGUUGCCUUUGCGGGAGGGAGGAGGCGGAGAGAGAGUGCUGCGAGCGUCUGUUCCAGUGCGAGAAGCCAUGUGGCGGGUUUCUCAUCUGCGGGAAACAUGCUUGUACCCGGGGUUGCCAUGCCGGACCUUGUGGGGACUGCCCAUUGCAGGGUAAGAGGACAUGUCCAUGUGGAAAAAGGUAUCACGAGGGAGUAGCCUGUGAUGCCAUCGUUCCUGCUUGCGGGUCAACCUGCGAGAAGUUCCUUUCCUGUAACAUCCACCGGUGCCCAGAAAGAUGCCACCAGGGGCCAUGCGUGGAGAGUUGCAGGAAUGUUCUUGUCAAGUUUUGCCGCUGUGGGGGAUUGAGAAAGGAGGUAAGCCUCUGACACCUAAAUGCUGGCGUUGACGUACUGAAGUUAUUUCCCCGCAUGAUAUACGUUCCCAAAAUGGCAUAUUAUCAGUUGAACAGAAGGUGUUUUGCUAUGGACUCAAUCUAGGUUCCCUGCUUUCAAGAUUUGAUUUGUGAACGAAAAUGCCAGAAGUUGCGAGACUGCGGGCGUCAUGCAUGUAAGCGCCGCUGCUGUGAUGGAAACUGCCUACCCUGCCCAGAGGUGUAGACUACAUUCUUUUCCUAUUUUUCCUUCUUGUGUACAGGCCGUCUUCUAUAAUAACUCGUGAUUCAGAUCUGUGGCAGGAAGCUUCGAUGUGACAAUCAUAAAUGCCCUUCUCCAUGCCACAGGCACGUAAUCCACCAGAAUGCCUUCUUCUUCCUUAGGCAUGGGCGUGAAGUAUCUUAGUUCACUUUUCUGUUAAAUUAUUUCAUGAAGAAGUUCCGUUAUGAAACUUGCAUCACCUUCCUCUUUGUUUCAUCUUCAAUCUGUGUCACAUAGAGAGGACAGAUUUGGUACUCAAGAAUCUAGAUAAUUGCCUUGUUAGUUACAUUUAGCCUAAUAUAUGUAACGCAAUUGUUUUAAUGUAUAAUAAGAAAAGAAAAAAAGCUCAAUUAUUUCAUAUUUCUCUGAUUCUAUAUGAAAAGGCAUCAAACCUGAAAUGAAACUAUACGACAUGACUGGGUUAAUACUUGUUAUUGUUUUGGCCUUGAAUUAUCCCGAAUGUUGUUUUCCAUCUUCUUUAACUUCUCAGGGUGACGGAGGGAAUCAUAGUUUGUAUUUUAGGGAAGAAACAAAGAUCACAUAUCCCAGCCUUCAAUGUCAGAUCUGUUUGGACAGUUCCUACAUUCCUCUAAUAUGUAAUCCCACUCCGUUCAGUGCAUGUUAUCUAUUCAUUGAUCUCACACUCUCCAUUAGAAUGCUUCCUGUAAUGGCAAUCUAUUUAUCUUUGCUUGGUUUGGCAUAAUUGUCAUCCUUCUUUGUCCAUUUGAUUACAAACUGUGGUCGAGUCCUUGCCCGUUAGACCAGCGUUCUGUAUAAUAUUAUACUGAUUAUAGGAAGGCUCUUCCAGAUUUAAAUAUCAUUUUUCUUGGUGCCAUCAUGUUCCAUACGACAAGGAGCUGUUCAGGGAAAGAGCAUCCUAUCCUCUCCAUUUUUUCAAGGAUUACCCACAUUAGCAACAGCUAUUGUGAAAGUUCAUCUAUCCCACCAAGUCCCCUUUGGCGAGUCUCUUCAAACGUGAGAGCGCUUCUCAGGGUAAUAUAAUGUGGUCAGUUUUUUUUAAUAAGCAUUAAGACAUAGCCAAGUUGCAACACAUUCUUUCCUUCCUGAACAUCUUUACCUAAUGGACAAGAAUGAAUGCUCACAUCUUGAUUGAUAAGAAUGCUUCAUCUGCUGUCGAUGCUGCCACAGACACAGAUGGAAAGCAAGGAUAGAAAGGCUGAGUUAAAAAUCCUAAAAACAUACAAAUUAAAUGAAUAAAAGUGUCUUUUUAGUUGACUCGGUAUGCAUCUGUACAACAAACAGGAAUCUAGCAGAUCGCUUUGGACAGAAGAUUUCUGUCUUUAGCAGAUCAAUUAUACACCGAUGUCAAUCACCUCUAUAUGUUUGAUCACUCAUGUCAAUGCAUUUCUCUACAGUCGUGUUGAGCAUAACUACAUAAGUCUAUACAAGCCAACAGUGGAUCCAAUAUUUCUUCGGUCCUAGAGAUCCUACCAUUUAUUUCCUUUACAGCUUCUAGCCUAGAACCUGCAAUAGGACCCUCGUGCAGAUAGAUCUGUAGAAGCGACUGUUAGAUCAUUGACUGCCAUUCCAAUGUUGUAUCAACAUUACCUGCUUAAUGUCACCCCUUUGACCAAUGUUCAUUUUCACAUUUUUCCGCUUCCAUCUAUUAGGUAACACCUCUCCAUAUAAGACAUGGUGAGGUUUGAGAACACUCCAUUGUCCUUCUGUAACAUCGUCCCGUCCAUAACAGUUCAUGUAUCAGUAUUCCUUGUCAGUUUAAUUUUAUAUGGAUGAAGAAAUCACAUGGCAUGCGCACAUGUCCGUGUACACGCAAAUUUUAUUGGUAUCCUGCAUCAAUAUUUUCUGAUGAGCGAAAUAUUAAUAUUUACUUACUCCUACUGCAACAAGAAAAGAUGCUCUAAAUGUGAUGGAAAUAAGCUCCCGUCCCCAGAAUUGCUUACGACAGUACCAUUUAUUGUAGUCCCGUGUUAACACAACACUUUCUUUAUCUGUUCUUAACCUUUAUUCUUUAAUGUCUUCUACACAUAUUAUAGGUACUUCGCUUGUAAGCGAACUUCAGUUUCAUUCUGAAUGAGUCUUUAUUUGAUUUGUAAUCAAGAAGUAUGUAUUUCUCAGGGGUAUUUGUUCUCCUUGCCCUCUGAUGGUUUCCAUUUCGUGUGCAUGCGGAGAAACACACUUUGAGGUAUGGUUUUUUGAUGUACUUCAUUUUAUUCAAAAAAUAUUUAUGACUUUCCAUUGUGUCGCUUUGAAUUGGCUGAAGAAAUCAAUUCACAUUUUUUUUAUCAAUCGCUCAGUUAAGGCAUUUCUGAGUGAAGAAUUCAGAAUUUUUUUUACUGAUAUUAUAAAGGCUUGUUUAAAUCAGGAUUUUUUUGGGUGAGAGAAGGACCCCACCCAUUGACUUGCAAGGAUUUAAUAGUUUAAUAAACACAACUUCUCCCUUCCGUCUUCCUGUGGGGGAGUAUUCUUCUAGUUGAUGUUAUAUCAACUUUGGUUGCAUUGCGUAACCUUUCAUUUCCUCAAUUUAACAUCUCUUUUCUGAAACUUGCGGUUCACCUCUCUGGCUUGAAGAAGAAAAUAAUGAGAAUAAUGUGAAAAAGUUAAGAAGAAUAAGAAAUAUUUGCCUGGAAAUCGUAAGAGCGUUAGCAUCACUAAGGCUCUCCUAUAUUGAUUUUAAGGCUUCAAGCUCUAAUGACCUCAACAAGCAUGCGCUGGUACCAACCUAGGUCGUAUUUGAACUUUUUUUUUCUUUACUUAUCAUUGGUUAUCUUGGUUUCUCAAAGUCAUCUAGUUUGACCAGUUGUUUCAGGCAUAAUCUUAUACCAUAUAUUACAAAAUUGUUGUUUAUUUAGAGAAUGACAAAUUAUCGUUUGAUAUCUUGUUUCAAUGGUAUUUUUAGUCGUAUAAUGCAUUUAUUUCUAGGUUAUUUUACACUCCCGUGCAUGUCAUUCUAAAGUUUCUGAAUGAAUGUCAAGCUAGGUUCCUUGUGGAACAGAAAGAGAACAGAGGCCCCCCAGGUGUCCGAAACCGUGCGAUGCCACUCGUCUGUGUAGACAUAGUUCUACAGUCAAGGUGCACUUUUCUCCUCUCCAUAAAUUUAUAUAAAGAAAAUAUUCAGUCAUAACCAUAUAGAUAUUGUACAUUCUCUAUUCUUUUCUCGGUCGAGCAUAUUGGUCAUCAACAAAACGUUGUCUUGUAUCAAGAUGCUUAACUCUCUUAUUUUGAUUCUUUUGUGCUUUCUGUGCUUUUAAAAUUUAUGUGCUUCCAUUCCCUGUAAUGGUGUAUGUAGUAAUGACGCCCCACUCAAGCUCCCUGGCCCAGGAGGCAUCAUUUGAGCAGAUUGGACAAAGAAGGGGCACAUGUUGUUCAGGCUCAUGUUCAUCAAUGAGAGCAUGCAAAUCCGCCUGAUUCAUGAUCUGACAAGAAGUAUCCAGAAAUAUAUGACCCAUCUCAGAUAUCUGGGAUAUUAAUGAUGAUAUCUCGUCCUUCCCAUAGAAAGAGAUCGAUGCACCCAUCUUUGGUGGGAGUCAGUCCCAUUGACCUCACAGAGCCUAGCCUCACAGAGUAAGACACUUGAGGAUCUGUGAUCUUCCUCUGCGAAUCUCCUCCUUUGAGUGACACUCAAUUCUCUCUCACAGGAACAUCUGGCUUCCCACUGCUGCCUUAUGCGUUGGAACCUUUUCUUCCUGGAGACAUCCUCGUAGUCUAUUUUUUACCCUCCUUCCUUUGACUCUCGGGGGGUAGGAUAGAUCGUCCGGGCCAUUCAAUUUCGGCACAUAGCCAACAACCUGGUCAGUCAUUGAGACAGAUCCAUUCGAGUCAAAGAUGCUUUGUAGAUCUCUUGCCUUCUUGUCCCCUAUUUGGCGUUGAUGUACUAGAUCCAUUACAGAUCAAGGUGCCCUUUGCAUUUGCCAGAUGUUACUCCAUACAAUCCUCCAUUCUCCCGCCCCGCAGCCCCAUAGAAAAGUUUGCUUUAUUGACCUUCAGUUUUUACUAUUGUUUUAUCCACGGAUUGAAGCCUAGGAACCACCAAUGUUCAAUACUUAUUUACUCAUAUGGCUUCUUUUUUUUCUUGUUUGAUUGAUCAGUUAUAUGUCCACCCGUCAAAUAAUAUCCUCCCCCCCUGUUUUCUCUACAGCCACACAGAUGCCACUAUGGAGCAUGCCCACCUUGUCGAAUGAUUUGUGAGGAGAAACUGUCAUGCGGGCAUACAUGUAAACUAAGGUUCGUUUUCAAAGUCAGCUCCACACCUCAUGUGAGGCAACCUUUUACUUUAGAUGUUCAUGCAUUCCUGUAGCUUGAUCAAGGGAUUCUAUCUGCUUCAAGGUGUCAUGGACCAGUGCCACCCCCCAAGCAGGAUUUUUCAUUAAGAGCCAGGAAGAAGAAGCAGGGAAAACCAGCCCAGACUACUCCCGGGUCAGCAUGCCCUCCUUGCCAGGAAGUCGUCUUGAGAUCUUGCCUUGGAAAGCACAUUGGGGAAGACAGAGCUGUAUGUACAUCGGCUGUCCCUCCUGAGCUAAGCUGCUAGGAUUAUCAAACACUCGAAGAUUUUUUUUAUUUUUUUAAUCCAUUCCGUCUACAUGUGGCAUUCCGUCAAAGCUAAAUAUUCUGUCUUCUAUUCAGAUGCUCUGCUCCAGUCAAGUGAGAUUUUCUUGUCAAAACCUGUGUGGAAAUGCUCUGGACUGCGGAAACCAUUACUGCACAAAGUCUUGUCAUGCUUUGAAGCCCAGUCUCCCAUCAGCAGCCAUAGACAUAGGUGGAGCACAAGCGGCUGAUGAUGUCCCCCUUGGGCUCACCGAGCCAUGUGAGCAGUGUCGUCUUCCUUGUCAAAAGGUCAGCUUUUCUCAUUUGAUAGCUCAUUCAUCGUUCCCCACUCUCCUGUUCUCAUUGACCUCUCAGGAAAGAAAGGACUUUUUCUUCAAUCUCUGUCUAGGAGAGAAGCCCUGCUUGCCCACAUCCAUGCCCUCGACCAUGCCACCCCAACGACUGUCCUCCUUGCAAAGUACUCGUCAAAAGAUCGUGCCAUUGCAGUUCCCUGGUUCAUGUUUUUGAGUGCAUAUACUACAACAGUCUGUCUGCUGACGAACAGCAAAGGAUCCGCUCAUGUGGUGGCCCCUGCCACAGGUAAAAGUAACUUUGACCCUUUUUGCACUGCAUCAUCACAAUUGCUUCAUCUGAUGAGUUCUCUAGGAUCACUGCUUAUGCGGGCCAAUCAGUAUAUUCCUUUAACCAGUGGGCGUUUUCCGGUUCAAAUCCCGAGUUAAAUCCAUUGGUGUGAACAAAAGAAAAUGCAUAAACUUUAUUGGUGUAUUUUCUCUUGGCUUUUCAUGACUACAUGAUAUAUAUAUAUGUGUGUGUGUGUGUGUGUGUGUGUGUAUAUAUAUUUAUAUAUUGAACUUAGAAAUAUAUUAUAUUUCUUUCUCCAUUGAAGUUUAAAUGUUGAGUUAAAUCCAUUAGUAUGAACAAAAGAAAAUGCAUAAACUUCAUUGGUAUAUUUUCUCUUGGCUUUUCAUAACUGCAUGAUAUAUAUAUAUAUAUAUAUAUAUAUAUAUAUAUAUAUACAUACAUACAUAUAUGUGUGUAUGUGUAUGUAUAUAUGUCGAACUUAGAAAUAACUUAGUAUUUCUUUCUCCAUUGAAGUUUGCCUCUUGCUUUUCUCUAGUAGUCGUCGAAGUUUGCUGGAGACUAAAGUCUCUGGCAAUGAUUUAUGCAGGAAGCUGCCAAACUGUCCCCAUUUAUGCUCAGAGAUAUGCCAUCCUGGGACAUGCCCAUCCAUCGACAACUGUCUCAAGAAGGUACCUUUCUUUCUGUACUUCAUUGAUCUUGCUGUUACAUGAUUUUCCUUCUCAAUGUUCUUCUAUGAUUCCCAUACGAAAAGAAAACCCAAUUCCUGUGGGACCUCACCCUGGUCCCCCUUCUUGAGAAAACCCCAAAUUAUUCUGCGGCCAUGAAUGUUGUUGAAUGAAGAAGGCUUCUGGAGUUGACUUUUCUGUUUGAAGGCACCGUACUUCGGCUGUACUUGAUUAUGACGUUUUUAAUGAUGUUACCCUCUCCACUUUUAGUGUGAAAAGUCGAAAAUAAAAUAUUUCAUCAUCUUUGACUUUUUUCAUUAACAAAUUUCACAGGCAACGGUUCGCUGUGCAUGCGGAAACCUGAGAGAGGAGUGGGUAUGCCGAACUGUUCAAGACGCUCUCCGUGGCUCUGGUCAAGACCCAAAAGAUGUUCCAAGAAGUCAAUUCGGGCUGAGGAUUCUCCAAUGCAAUUCAGAUUGUGCGAGCAAAGUCAAGACCAUCGAGCCCGAGCUGCUGCCCCGUAGAUCAAAAAUGGCUGAGGUAAUGCUCAUACCCUAUCGUGAGAACAUUUCCAUCUUUGACAUCAUCAGCUGCGUCCAUUCAUGGAGUUGACCGCCUGUUGAAAUCUCCGAUCCUUCUUUUUAUUCUGGUUCAGCAUCUAGAAAUAACCCGAUCGGGUUGACCGUGAGAUGUUUAGCAUGAUGGAAGGUGAUUAAUUUGAGAUAAAACCCCCUUAUUUGCACAGAGCUCGGCAGCAGGCGAGGACCACGUGCGAAAGCGCAGAAAACGACCCGAACGGGUCAAAGUAGACCCCCGGACCUCGAGAUCUCACGUGGGUUUUACUAGUAUCCUAAUUUUAUCUAAUUUCUGAACUGGGCGAGAGUAUCUAUCGUCCACGGCAUGAUAAAAGUCAACGCCCUGCGCUUGCAGGUCAUCAAGGCGGCCCUGUGGAAGUGUCUGCUGCUGGUGCUGGCCCUGGCUCUGACCCUCGCAGCCAUAUACUACGGUUACAAGGGCCUGUUCCGCCUCUCCGACUGGAUGGACGAGAUCGAUUCAAGGCACCAGCGGAGGAGGGUGGGUCAUCCGAAGGUCUGA